AUGUCGUCUCAGGAUGGAUCUGUCUCGUCUAGCGACACGGCAGAAGGUGGCCGUGUCGUUGAUAGGGACAAGCUUAACCAUUCAAUAGCCGACUAUGGCUACGAAACUGAUAGCAGCGCCUCUGAGCAGUCUACAACUGGUAACGUACUCUCGGAAGAGCCUCCGUCCUUAGAGAAGCAACCGCAAUCUAUUAUUGCACGAGCCUACCAAAUAGAGAUGUUUCAUGCUAGUAUGCAGCAGAACAUUAUAGUCUCUAUGGAUACUGGCAGUGGGAAAACUCAAGUUGCUGUGCUUCGAAUCCGAGCUGAACUCGAACGUACAGCACCGGAAAAGCGAGUUUGGUUUCUUGCUCCGACUGUUGCGCUUUGUGCACAGCAGCAUGAGAUUAUCCGCUCACAGAUCAAAGUUGCCAACUCCAUCGUUAUAACCGGCGAUGAUAACGUCGAUUCGUGGUCAGACAUCCAGACUUGGGAUGCUGUCUUGAAGAAUGUAAGAGUGGUGGUCUGUACUUAUAGGAUAUUGCUUGAUGCUUUGAGCCAUGCUUUUGUCACCAUGGAUUCCAUUUCACUCCUGGUUCUGGAUGAAGCCCACAACUGCACCGGCAAAUUCCCUGGGCGCUUGAUAAUGACAGAGUUCUACAUACCGCGCAAAUCCGCAGGAGAUCAUGUUCCUCACAUCCUGGGACUUACUGCUAGCCCGGUCAUGAGAUCGGACCUAUCAUCGAUGGAAGACCUGGAGAGUUCACUGGACUCGGUCUGUCGUGGCCCCACCUUGCAAAGGGAGGAGCUUCUCGCCAACGUCCACCAGCCAACAAUGACGGUAGCCACUUACAAAGAGGGCGAUCUGAGGUCGCCCGUUCAGUAUACGCGGAAUAUGAGUGGUCUCCACCUAGCAUUCGCGAAUCUCGACAUAGCCGAGGACCCUUACGUCCUUCAUCUUAUGGGCCAAAGAACUGCGAGAAGUCUGAGAGAACUGGAUAGGGUCUUGAAAAAGCUUGAUACCUACACCCAAAAUCAAAUGCGUGCUCUGCAACGAAGGAGCUCAUCCCUGUUUCGUGAACUAGGGCAAUGGGCUGUCGACAGCUACAUCUACAACGUCGUUCAGAAAGUAUCUGAUUUGAAUUCUCAAAGCAGUUGGUCGGGAGGCUGGCUUGAUGACGAACGAAGAUAUCUCCAUCGGGCGAUUCAAGAAAUCAAUGCGCUACCGGUAGCCAUACCAACGCCAACACCUGAAAUGACUUCCAACAAGGUUCAAGUCCUCCUCCGGAUUUUGCGCGGAUGUGAGGGUUCGCCAGUUGGAAUAAUAUUCGUCAAAGAGCGAGCCACUGCAGGGAUCCUAUCUCAGAUGUUGGUCACGAUUCCGGAUAUAAACGCACGAUUUAAGGUCGGCUGUAUGGUUGGAACAUCCAAAUACGGAUCCAGGAAGAAGAACAUACACGAAGUCCUUCAGCAAGGGGACGACUUGAUAUCCCUAGAGAAGUUUCGGUCCGGCGCCAUCAACCUUCUUGUGGCCACGAGUGUGUUAGAGGAGGGUAUCGACGUGCCUGCUUGCAACCUCGUCAUAUGUUUUGACAUGCCUGCAAAUCUGAAGUCAUUUAUACAGCGUCGAGGCCGUGCCCGGAGGCGGGAGUCCAAACUUCACCUUUUGAUCGAGGAGGAAUCGCAAGUGUCGGUUAAAGACUGGGGAGCAUUGGAGGCAGCGAUGAAACAGCGAUACGAAGAUGAUAUGCGGGAAUUGGAUCAUCUGGCCCAGGUGGAGGAGGAAGAUGAAAUGGAAGUGCCUCCGCUGCAUUCAAAGACGACAACGGCAAAAGUCACAGUCGACGAUGCAAAGGGUCACCUGGAACAUUUCUGCCGUGUUGUCACCGGCUCCCAGCAGUAUGUCGACGCAUCCCCAGAGUACUUGGUCGUCACCAAGACUACGGCGUUUGUUGGCGGUACGCCGAUUCCAAUUCUAGGUGCAACCGUGCUUUUGCCUGCCUCUCUGCCACCGAAGCUGAGAGAGGCACACAGCUCCCGAGAUUGGAUCUCAGAACGUAAUGCAAAGAAAGACGCUGCACUGCAAGCUUACAAGAUGCUUUACGAAGCCGGACUGAUCAACGAACAUCUUCUUCCUAUCCGCGAGUCUGAUUUUGCUGAUAGAGAGGUGGAUGGGAGACCUAGUCUCCUGAAGGUACAGGAACAGUGGAAUCCCUGGCUAUCCAUUGCCGAGGCAUGGGAGCCUGGAUCGUCAAACCCAACCGUUCACCGUCGACGCCUGCAACUUACCGAUCAAGACGGCAUGUUGAUGGGAGAGCUUGAUGCCCUACUUCCAGUACCUUUCCCGCCCAUAUCCCUUCUAAAGCUGUACUGGGCUCAACACUCGGAGCACCCGUGGAUGGUCAGCUUUGAUUCGGACCUGACCAUGUCAGGGCCCGGUAGCACAAACCCCACCUCCGAAAUCCAGUUGGCCCUGGAACAAACGCAAGUUUUGUUGGAUAUGGCUUUUGGCCAUCGCUUCUCAGUUUCUGAGCAAAGCAGAGCCCUUCGGUUUGUCUGGCCCAACAGGACCUUGAAGCUUCAGAUGAUAGGUGGUCAGCCGUUCUCGAGAGAGUUGGGCGAGGCUCACGGCGGUGAUUACAUUAUCAGAAGCUCUGGCCGGGAUCCGUAUAUAUACAAGUCAUGGACCCCAGUAAAACCACCCCUGGACCUUGUGCGAGGAUGCUGGAAGGCAAAACCUGACCAAGAGGAGCCACCAACGGAUGCUCCCUGGGUUGCUGUCAAAAGGUUACCCAAGAACUGCGGCUUCGUCAAGAACUCGGGGAUGCCCAUGGGGCUACCCAAGGAGCAGCAGGCUCCAGGCCAGAAAAGGUUUGACUACAUAAUACCCGAGCAGUUGUGUACAUUCGAUACCAUCCCUGCGACCUUGGUCCAGCUUGGUAUGCUUGUUCCAUCCAUCACUCAGGCCAUGGAGCCUUAUUUUGUCGCACAAGAACUACUACAGCGGACGGCAGUGGGGUCUCUGGAUUUUCAAGACAUUGACCUUGUUAUGAUGGCGAUUACUGCGUCCAGCGCGGGAGAGUUGACCAACUAUGAAAGAAUCGAGUUCUUGGGUGAUGCCGUAUUAAAGAUUGGGGCGGCAUUGACCUGCGCGGCGAACAAUUUACACUUUCCCGAAGGCUAUCUCAGCCUAUUGAAGGACAGGCUUGUCUCAAACUCCCGGCUAUGCAAGGCGGCUAUGGCCUUGGGCUUGGACGAGUUCAUUAUAACACGGCAGCACAGUCUCAAGCAAUGGAGAAAUAUGCUGAAGACUUCCGAGCCACCAAACAACCAGAGAAAAAUGUCAACCAAGACUCUCGCGGACGUAGUAGAAUCUCUUAUCGGAGCGGCGUACAUCGAGGGCGGUAUGAGCAAGGCGAUCCGUUGCAUUUCUUUGAUGAUCCCUAACGAACAUUGGAGAAGCUUUGAAGAAAGCCGUGCGGUUCUGUACCAAGCGGCGCUCAACGAUGUUCCCUUACCAUCAACGCUGGAGCCUUUGGAGGAUUUACUCGGCUACAGCUUCAACAAGAAGUCGCUACUCAUUGAAGCUGUCACGCACGCGUCAUACAACAUGCCCGGCUCAGCGGGCAGCUCCCUUGAGCGACUAGAGUUCUUGGGAGACAGCGUACUUGAUUUUGUUGUGGUGUCACGGCUAUUUUCUGUCAAUGACCCUGCCCCUAUUGAGCACUACAACAUGCACCUACUACGCACCGCAGUUGUCAAUGGUGAAUUCUUGGGCUUCCUGGCCAUGGAGUGGCGGUCGGCAGCGACUCAAAGAUCAGUAGUUGUCAAAACCGGCCAAGGUAUAGCCGACGAUCUCGAAACGGUCGAAACCCCAGGCCUGCCGCUCUUCAGCUUCCUACGACACAACGCGUCGGGGGACUGGGUUCGCGACCAACAGAUGGCAGAAGAGCGGCACGCCGAGAUGGCGCCGGGCAUUAGAGAUGCCCUGGAGCACGGGAAGCGGUACCCGUGGGAUCUGCUGGCGCGGCUGCACAUAAGCAAAGUCCACUCGGACGUGCUCGAGGCGGUCAUUGCUGCCGUCUGGGUCGACUCGGGGUCCAUGGAAGAAUGCGAGAAGCUCAUCGAGCGUGCAGGGAUAUUACGAUACCUAGACCGGGCACUCAGGGACGGGGUCAAAAUCUUGCACCCCAAAGAGGAGCUGGGCAGGGUGGCGCAGAGCAACAAGGUGGUCUACAAGGUCAGCAAGACCAGACGGGCAGCUGCAGCUGUGGGAGAUGAAGUCCCUGGCGAACUGGUAGAGGGUCAAGGUCCCGAGUUCCUCUGCAGUGUCGCGGUUGGUGAUAGGUGCGUUGCACGCGUUGGCGGAGCUGUCAACAAGAACGAGGCCAUGACCAAGGCUGCGCUGGAGGCUAUUCGGCUGUGGGAAGAAGCGGGUCGGUCGUGGGAUAAUGUUGGAGUAAUUUUGGAGGAUGGAGUUUAGAGGGAUAUAGCCUUGGAAUGAUUUGUGGAGCGAGGUGAGGGGAGGGAAACAAAGAUAACACAACACAAGCAUACUUGAGGAAGGGAAAUCGACCAUCUAGAUUAGGUAGUCUAGAUUGAUAGAAAGAAAAUCCUGCAGUGGU